UACAUAAUCUCGGCCUCGGGGCCGGAACUGCUCUCGCCAAUCCCAUCCCUCUCCGCUAGGAUUCAGUCAGGUUGUCAUCACGCUGAAGUGGUGCUCCGGAAGCUGAAGGUGGCCAUGCUCCAUGGAACCACGCGGCCCGAGGCACGCGGAGGGAUGUUGCCCAGGUCGGAUUUGCAAAGGACCAGCGUUUAGGGGAUCGACGGUCUUAUGUCUAUGCGGCUUCCGCCCCAGCCCCUUUUCUUGGAAUUUUUGGGCGGCUCCUCGUCAUUGCUACUCUUUCUCCCCUCCUAGGCCCAUCGCCUAUACAGGCUAUGGACACCCCUGACCCAGCAGCAGAACCCCGUCGAACGGCCUGAGAGGUCUGCAAGGCAUUCUGGAGCAUUAAGGCCAGGAGCCCGCGGCGCUUUCCGGGAAUCGCAGACCCAGGCCCCGCCCUUCGGCCCGCGCUCUGCAUUGCGCAUGUCAGAUCAAUCAUUGACACCAUGAACUGGAAUAAAGGUGGCCCUGGCACUAAAAGGGGAUUUGGCUUUGGAGGUUUUGCCAUUAGUGCUGGAAAGAAGGAAGAACCAAAACUCCCACAACAGUCCCACAGUGCCUUUGGGGCAACCAGCUCUUCUUCUGGAUUUGGGAAGUCAGCUCCACCACAGCUCCCUUCUUUCUAUAAAAUUGGAUCUAAACGGGCCAAUUUUGAUGAAGAGAAUGCAUACUUUGAAGAUGAGGAAGAAGACUCUAGCAAUGUUGAUUUACCUUACAUCCCUGCUGAAAACUCCCCUACCCGCCAGCAAUUCCGUUCCAAGCCAGCAGAUUCUGACAGCGAUGAUGAUCCCUUGGAGGCAUUCAUGGCUGAAGUGGAAGAUCAGGCAGCAAGAGACAUGAAGAGACUUGAAGAAAAGGACAAGGAAAGGAAAAACGUAAAGGGUAUUCGAGAUGACAUUGAAGAGGAAGAUGACCAAGAAGCUUAUUUUCGGUACAUGGCAGAGAACCCAACUGCUGGUGUGGUUCAAGAGGAAGAGGAAGAUAAUUUGGAAUAUGAUAGUGAUGGAAAUCCAAUUGCACCUUCCAAAAAAAUCAUUGAUCCUCUUCCUCCCAUUGAUCAUUCAGAGAUUGACUAUCCACCAUUUGAAAAAAAUUUUUACAAUGAGCAUGAAGAGAUAACAAACCUCACCCCACAGCAGCUAAUAGAUCUCCGGCAUAAGCUCAAUCUUCGGGUCUCUGGUGCUGCACCUCCUAGACCAGGAAGCAGUUUUGCUCAUUUCGGGUUUGAUGAACAACUUAUGCACCAGAUUCGGAAAUCUGAAUACACACAGCCCACUCCAAUACAGUGCCAGGGUGUGCCUGUGGCAUUAAGUGGAAGAGAUAUGAUUGGUAUUGCCAAAACAGGCAGUGGAAAAACUGCUGCCUUUAUCUGGCCCAUGCUGAUUCAUAUAAUGGACCAGAAGGAACUGGAACCAGGUGAUGGACCAAUUGCAGUGAUUGUGUGUCCUACGAGGGAGCUUUGCCAGCAGAUCCAUGCAGAAUGUAAGCGGUUUGGGAAAGCAUAUAAUCUUCGAUCAGUGGCUGUGUAUGGAGGAGGAAGCAUGUGGGAGCAGGCCAAGGCCCUUCAGGAAGGGGCAGAGAUUGUUGUGUGUACCCCAGGUCGACUGAUUGAUCAUGUGAAGAAGAAAGCUACCAAUCUUCAGAGAGUCUCUUACCUUGUAUUUGAUGAAGCAGAUCGAAUGUUUGACAUGGGAUUUGAGUACCAGGUGCGGUCGAUAGCCAGUCAUGUCCGUCCUGACAGACAAACUCUCUUAUUCAGUGCAACUUUUCGGAAAAAGAUUGAAAAACUGGCCAGAGACAUCCUGAUCGACCCUAUUCGAGUGGUGCAGGGAGAUAUUGGAGAGGCAAAUGAAGAUGUGACACAGAUUGUGGAAAUUCUCCAUUCUGGGCCUAGUAAAUGGAACUGGCUUACCCGGCGUCUGGUCGAGUUUACCUCUUCUGGGAGUGUCCUCCUGUUUGUUACUAAAAAAGCCAAUGCGGAGGAGCUGGCCAAUAACCUUAAACAGGAGGAUCAUAACCUUGGGCUGCUUCAUGGGGACAUGGAUCAGAGUGAAAGAAACAAGGUCAUUUCAGACUUUAAGAAAAAGGACAUUCCCAUCCUGGUGGCCACAGAUGUUGCAGCCCGUGGUCUGGACAUUCCUUCAAUUAAGACUGUCAUUAACUAUGAUGUGGCUCGAGACAUUGAUACCCAUACUCAUAGAAUUGGCCGCACAGGACGAGCGGGUGAGAAGGGUGUGGCCUAUACCUUGCUAACCCCCAAGGACAGCAAUUUUGCUGGUGAUCUUGUCCGGAACUUGGAAGGAGCCAAUCAACAUGUUUCCAAGGAACUCCUAGAUCUGGCGAUGCAGAAUGCCUGGUUUCGGAAGUCCCGCUUCAAAGGAGGGAAAGGCAAAAAGCUGAACAUUGGUGGAGGAGGCCUGGGCUACAGGGAGCGGCCUGGGCUAGGCUCUGAGAACACGGAUCGAGGAAAUAACAACAAUGUAAUGAGCAACUAUGAGGCCUACAAGCCCUCCACAGGAGCCAUGGGAGAUCGGCUGACGGCAAUGAAAGCGGCUUUCCAGUCACAGUACAAGAGUCACUUUGUUGCCGCCAGCUUAAGCAACCAGAAAGCUGGAAGUUCUGCUGCUGGGGCAAGUGGAUGGACAAGUGCAGGGAGCUUGAAUUCUGUACCAUCUAAUUCAGCCCAGCAGGGUCUUAACAGUCCUGACAGCCCCGUUGCUGGUGCCACCAAGGGCAUCUCAGGCUUUGGCAAUACUGGGAACCUCAGCAGUGCCCCGGUGACCUACCCCACUGCCGGAGCCCAGGGAGUCAACAACACAGCUUCAGGGAAUAACAGCCGAGAAGGGAUUGGGGGUAGCAAUGGGAAGAGAGAGAGAUAUACUGAGAACCGGGGUGGCAGCCGUCACAGCCAUGGAGAGAGUGGCAGUGGCAAUCGGCAUGGUGACAGCCCACGUCAUGGAGACGGUGGUCGCCAUGGAGAUGGAUACCGCUAUCCAGAAAGCAGCAGCCGUCAUACUGAUAGCCAUCGUCAUGGGGAGAACAGGCAUGGAGGAGGUGGAGGCCGACAUGGAGAGAGCCGAGGUGCAAAUGAUGGCCGAGGUGCAAAUGAUGGCCGGGGUGCAAAUGAUGGCCGGAAUGGUGAAAGCAGGAAAGAAGGUUGUAAUCGUGAGAGCAAGAUGGACCCCAAGGUGGAUAGCAGUAAGAUGGAUAAGAUGGACGGCAAGACAGAUAAGACAGCUGAUGGUUUUGCUGUCCCCGAGCCACCCAAGCGCAAGAAAAGUCGAUGGGACAGUUAGAUGGUAUGUGCUGAAGUGUGAAAUCCUUUGUUAUUUUUAGAAAGAUUUUUGGUAAUUAGGUGUCUCAGGGCUGGGUUGGGUGGGGCCCAAGGUGUAAGGACCCCCUUCCCUUAGUGGGUAGCUGGCCCUUGGAGACAUUACCCCUUCAUCUGGAUCGUUUUUUGGAUUAUUUUGGGGGGCUGCUUUGAUCAUAAGCAGUGAGAGCUGGGAAGCUUCUUUUGGCUCUGGGUUUGUUGUGAGGGCCUUAUAGGAUAUAAAACUCUAGGUUUAUAUCAUGUCGUGUGUAUUUCUUACUGUCAGCUUAUAAACAUCAAUAAGUAAAAGUCUUUUUCUUAGCCAUGUGCCCAGG